GAAACGUCUUGACUCGACGCUCGCAGAACUAACAGGUCCAUAUCAAAGUCAGCAUGGCUUGGCGUAAUCUCGGAUACGAAGUCUACAAAAAAGAGAUGGGAGAGGAAAUGUUCAAAAAGAAGAUAGAGGAAUUCGAAAAGCCUCUUGCUCCACCUGGUUUUUUCUCCCAAAGCAAAAUCGCAUACGAUACCACCAAACUCAAGUUACUCUUCGGCACGAAGGUGUUAAUCAAGGGACAGCGGGGCACACAUCCCAUUGGAGUUGGAGCCGAGGGAAUCGCAACUAUUGUCUCUAAUCCAAAGAUUCCACCCUGCGAGUUUUUCACACCGGGACGUUCUUACCCAGUCUGCCUCCGUCAUUCGACCAUACAGUCCGUGGAUGACGUAUUGAUUGACUUCUGUGGCGGGUCCAUAAGAUUUGCCGGAAGUGAUGAUAUGGAAAGUCCUUGCGAUAUUGUUAUGGGGACUGGAGAGACAACACCGUUGUGGAGCGCUCAGGCCAUUUUUGAUGCAGUGAAAGCCAAGAUUUCAAAAGAUUUGAAAACUUAUUUGCUGAUAGGACCUGACCACCUAAAAGCCAACAUUGGGGGCUUGCGCCAGAAGCCUGAAUCGUUUUACGACCAGCGUUAUUACUCUGAGGCGAUUUUCGAAUUCAAAGCGUUCGAUGGUGUUAAGCGUUACGUCAGAUUCCGUAUGAUGCCCGCUGAUGGGCGGCCAGAAACAGGCUUAUUGCCUGAGGAAGUCCAGCAGCAUCCAUGGAUAAAUGAAAGGUCACCCGAUGAGACCUUACCAAUGGACUAUCUCAAGCGUGAGUACAGAGAGAGAAUUUCCAAGGGACCACUCGACUAUAAACUACAGCUGCAACUCCAUGAACCUAAGGAAGGUGAUGUGCCAUGGAUACUUCAUGUUGGGAGGGAAUGGGACGAGGAAACGCACCCGUGGUUAGAUUUGCUUCUGAGACCAGACGUACACUUCAUUACGAAUGUGAAGAACAACAUUAGGAUCAUCAACAGAUACGGCUGGCAAAAGACCAAUUGA